AUCAAGUGGCCAUGCACAGCAGCACAAGGCACAAGGUUAAUAAAAUUUUUAUUUUAUAUCCCUAACCUUCAAAUCAAAAUACAUAUUUCUCAUCUCAUUUUUACAAAAAACGAAUUUGCAGUGAAACUUUAAACUGAAUUAAGAGGGAAAAUCAUUUGAUUCCAUAUAUAAAGUGUAGUCAGUGUGUGUCAUGUGUUUUCUUACUUAAAAAUGAAUAAUUUCACAUCCAUGAAAAAACUAUUUAAAAUAAGUCAAAAACAACGAGUUUUAGUAGUAUGUUCACAAAAACUAACCACUAAAUCAGUAGAACAAAGAGACAGAGCUGUUAUUGAAGCUGAAAAAAUUGUAGGGUAUCCUACGUCCUUUUUAAAUUUGCGAUGGCUGCUUAAUGAUGAAGUUGCCAAUAUUGCUUCACAUUUGAAGAAGCUAAUUGGAACAAAACACCCUUUAGUACACACUGCUAGGGAAUUACUUUUAAAUAAAGAAGUUCCAUCAUGGGGACUAAUUGUUCUGUUGAUAUCAAAAGCUGGUGGACUGAGGACAAAAUUUUCCCACCUUGACUGUGAUAUAAAUGCAGGUAUUCUUCAUACCCAAAGAGUUCUUGCUGAGAUAACUGAAAUGGUCCGCACAAGUAACAUUAUCCACAAAAGUGUUCUAAAUAUAACAACAGAAGAUGAAUUUCAAGAAGAUCUUCACUUUGGUAAUAAGCUCUCACUCCUGACAGGUGACUACCUCCUCAGUAAUAGUUUUCGUGAACUAGCAGCCUUGAAAUGUCAUCCUGUCAAUGAACUUGUAUCUACUGCUCUUAGAGAUUUGGUGGAAGCUACUUUUAUAGAACCUAGAGACAAACAAAAUAGACCUGUUCCUGCUUCACCACUCUCUGAACAACAAAAAAUGUUAGUUCCGCAUGAGUAUGAAAAGGAUCUCCUACAAUUGUCUGAUGUUUUGGGAAAUGCAAAAGCAGAAUGGACUUUGAGGCAUUUGUUAGAUGGUGCUAGUUUGUUAGGAAAAUGUUGUCAGGCAGCUCUAAUGUUAGCGGACCACUCCGAGACUCUAGAGAAGUCUGCAUAUAUAUUCGGAAGAAAUAUAGCACUAGCAUUACAAAUUAAAAAAGACAUCUCACAAAUUAGUACCAGCCAAACUGGGCCAUUCAGCUUAAUCAAUGCUCCAUUGAUGUACCAUCUUCAAGAUUGCCCAGAUUUCUAUAUUGAUCUCAUGAAAGAUGUUGAAAGUGAUGACAUUAACUAUGACAGAAUAAGAAAUGUUGUAUCAAGAAGUAAAGGAACAGCAAAAGCUUUAGAAUUACAAGCAGAAUUUGUUGUUAAUGGAAAGGCAGCACUAAAUGAAUUUUCUGAUAAUAGUGCCAAGAAUGCCCUGGUUAAAAUAUUAGAAGCAAUGUAAAAAGGUCAUUUUUACAAGCCAUUUCUUUAAUAUAGAUAUUCUUUGAGCAUUAUACAAUUUGUAGAAUAUUUUGUUUUCAUUACAAACAAUCAGUGUACCUUCUAGUCAUUUGGAAUAAAUACUAAAUUUCCA